GCAUCUGUAAAGGAUGGAUCAGUUAACAUUUUCAAUUUUAGAGGAACCAAAACCGAGCAAAGGAUGUCCAAGAGCAAACGGCUUCUAUCGGCAUGAUGAUCCUCAAGUGUGCGACAAAUUCUUCAACUGUGUUGACGGUAAACCCAUUGAAUUGCCAUGUCCUCCAGGCUUAAUUUAUGACGAUGUUGCCAGCACAUGCGCGUGGCCAGAAAGCAGUGGUCGUCAAUGUACGAAUAGCAAAAGAGACUCUUUAGAUGAUGGAUUUUCGUGCCCCGAAGGUAAUGUGCAAGGUCCCGACGGCAGGACGCUUCCUCAUCCAACGUUCGCACAUCCUGAAGACUGCGACAAAUUUUAUAUAUGCAGGAAUGGGGUGCAACCUCAGAAAGGAUAUUGCGCUAACAAAACCGUGUAUAAUGAAGAAUCCUUUAGAUGUGAUGAUCCCGCUAAUGUUCCUGGAUGUGAAAACUAUUUCAGCGGAAACAAAAACUAACAUCAAACUGAAGAAAUAAUUUCCAUCCUGCAGAGGUCGUUUUCAACCCUAUAAAAUUAUUUGUGUUGUUAUUUAUUAUACUAUAAGUGUGUUACUUAUGUUAGUCGUUAAUACUAUUUGUAUUUUUGGAUGUUUCGAAAUAUUAUCUUUUAAAUCUAAAAGUGUACUUAGUAGUAUUUAAUGUAUCUGACAGCUAUGUAAUAAAUAGCUUUUCAAGAAAA